CUCGUGAUCAUUCUCGAAAUGUCGGACGAUGAGGUCGUGAUCGUGGAACCGUGCCCAGAGCCGGCCAAGUCGGGGAAGGCCAAGGCGGCAACGAAGAGGUCGUGGACUCUGGACUACAUGGUCUCCUUGCCCAACAAGGUGCGCCGCUGCUCGUGUUGUUCAACGACGUUUGGGACGUCCACGUCCACGCACCAUCGCCAAGCACUUGAAUGCCCAUGGCAUCACGAAGGACACGGUGGCUUCGUCAUCGGUGGCGAUCCAGAAGUCUAUCACCGACACACUCCCUUUGUCGGCGAGGCGCAAGUAUGACUCGGCCAUCGCCACGUACGUCGUCUCGGAGGUCUUUCCAUUGGUACACGUCGCCUCGCCCGGUGCUGUACAAGAUUGCGAUGGACUACCUCUCAAUCCCGACCACGGCGGUGCCAAGCGAGCGAGCCAACUCUGCGGCUAAGCGCGUCUUCGAAGGGCGAGACAGCCUCGGUGACAACAUGUUCAAGGCGCAAAUGUGCGCGAAGUCGUGGAUGCAGCUUGCGAAGGCGCUGGACUUCCCGCUCCCAGACGACUACCUCCAGGCGCUCGACGACUUGAAAGCGCGUGUGGACCUCUUGGAGAUGGCCAAAGAAGAUCCAGUCAUCCAGUACUACCUUGAUUGCGAUCUUAAGAGCGAAUAAAGUAUCGGAGUUGACUACCGACA